AUGUGCAUUCCUGGGGCUGAUCAAAUGCUGAAGACUACUCUCAGACACACUCAAGGAUGCACCGGUAGUGUUGCACUUAGGAGGCUCAGCGGUAUCUCAAAUUUCACUACAACAAAAUCAGGAACCGCAGGUGGACCAUUCUCCCAACUACCAGAGUUUACGCCAUUACAAGAUAGCAUUUUGGUAUCGCUACCGGCUUCAUGUUCGCUUUACACCAAGACGGACAAAAUCAAUGCAUUCACAGUAAAUUCCAAGGCGGCAAAUCAACAGCUAAUAUACCACGAUGUCGACCCCAACUCUAAAUUCUCGAAAAUAUCUACCUGUGAAGAACCCGUGAAUGCAAUGCUCGUCUCUAGCUCACCCAUGUCAAACGUCCUGGUCGUCGGGUUUGAUAACUAUAAAGAAGGAUGGUUUCUUACAAAACCGCAAGAAAGCUUGAUGUGUUACAGUGGCGAUCUCAGUUUUCAGGCAGAUCAGCAACUUGUGGGACGCGGAAUUGUUGCGCUCUGUGGAGAAGGACCUGUAUACCAAUUAAAACUCGAGGAAGGCGAGACUGCCAUUUUGAACCCUGACGCGAUACUCGGAUUCAAUAGACAUGUGAGGCUUGAGGCAGCGGGGUUUACAUCUCGAACCGUCCUUCCGGGGCUCAUACGUAAUUGGGUCUCUCGCUAUGCCGGAAACUACCUUGAAAGAUUCAAUGUGCUGUGGCACAAGUCAUUUGAUAAAGACAAAGUGUAUUGUCAGGUAACAGGGCCUGGAACAGUGCUUCUGCAAACGUCAUUCAUGCCGGCCGCAAAGUCUUACUCCGACGACGAAUUUUCCAAGGCGUUUAAAUGA